AAUCGUUUUGUGAGCCCAAUAAAGCCACUCGCUUCAUAGAGAUGAGCCGCGCUACUGUCGGCAGAGGGAGAGAGCUAGCACAUCUAGUUUAGGAUCUGUUCCGCAGAAUACACUAACCUGGGGAAGUCCUCGAGCUCUACAGUUAUGGGAUGAGAGUCUACGAGCUGAGAACAGGUCCAGGUCUGCGGCAGGCUAUUGUUCCGGGUUCGAGGCCGUGCCACUGAGCGGCGGGCGGAAGCCCCGCUGGGCAGCAUGAACAGGACGCAGCGCCCGACCCUCGAGUCCUGCCUGCUGGAGGACUGCCUGAUGUCGCCGGGCCUGACGGUGUUCCUGGCCGUCUCCUACGGCGCGGUCAUGCUGCUGGGGCUUCUGGGAAACGCCUGCCUGAUCUGCGUCAUCGUCCGGCAGAAGGAGAAGGCCAACGUCACCAGCAUCCUCAUCGCCAACCUGUCGGUGUCGGACGUGCUGGUGUGCGUCUUCUGCCUGCCCGUCACCGUGGCGUACACGCUGAUGGACCACUGGGCCUUCGGCGGCACGCUGUGCCGGCUCAUGCCCUUCGUGCAGUGCGCCUCGGUCACCGUCUCCGUGCUGUCGCUGGUGCUGAUCGCGCUGGAGCGCCACCAGCUGAUCCUCAACCCCGGCGGCUGGAAGCCCAGCGCGCCGCAGGCCUACCUGGCGGUGGUGCUGAUCUGGACGCUGGCCUGCUUCACCUCCCUGCCCUUCCUGGCCUUCCACACGCUGACGGACGAGCCGUACCGCAGCCUGCCGCCGCCGCUGCGCGACCGGGAGGCGUGCACGGAGAGCUGGCCGUCGCGCGCGCACAAGCUGGCCUACACCACCUGGCUGCUGCUCUUCCAGUACUGCGCGCCGCUGCUCCUCGUGCUGGUCUGCUACCUGCGCAUCUUCGCCCGCCUGCGCCGCCGGCGGAACAUGCUGGACCGCGGCGGAGGCGGCGGCGGCAGCGGAGGCGGAGCCGCCGAGAACCGCCGUGCCACCCGCAGCCGACGCGUCAACGUCAUGCUCGCCGCCCUGGUGGCCAGCUUCGCCGUCUGCUGGCUGCCGCUCAACGCCUUCAACGCGGUGGCCGACUGGCACCACGAGGCGCUGCUCGACCACCACGACCUGGUCUUCUCGCUCUGCCACCUGCUGGCCAUGGCCUCCACCUGCGUCAACCCCGUCAUCUACGGCUUCCUCAACAGCAACUUCAAGAAGGAGGUGAAGGAGGCCCUGCUGCACUGCUGCCGGCGCCCCCUGGAGGACAAGUACGAGCACUUCCCGCUCUCCACCAUGCACACCGAGCUCUCCAAGACCUCGCUGCGCAUCAACUGCCGCAACAACUCCGUCUGAAGGCCCGGCCGCACCUGCGGAUGGUUCCGGGAAGCGCUGGGGACACACUUGCCCGGACUGGGCUGAGACUGAACGGGCUUGACGAAGUUCAAGCCGAAUACUCUCUAGCAGUUCCAAUCGAGGUUGUUAGGAAUGUGCUUUUGAGUGGAUAUCCUAAAUGAUGGGACUAAUACCUCUUUGGGAAGUGUGAGUUUGUAUUGAAGACGGGCCGCGCAUUAUGCAUAAAGAAGUCAUCGGUUUUGUGGUUGUGAUGAUACUCAAGAGCAUCACCGUUUAAACACAAGUCUGUAAAUGAAUGCACCUCGGCCAGCUUCACUGGGUGGGUACACUUCCUGAUAAGGUACACUGAGAACAAUUUAUAUAAAGUACAGCCUAUUUAUGGUGCAAUUACAGUAUAAAUGAAUCAACAGAUAGCUACUUGUGCAGUAUUGGUGUUAUACUGUAUGUGUACUGUGAAGUUACAGUGUUACAGUUGUCCCCAUACAUGUAUUCUGAAAGUCUGUAUGUUAAAACAGUUAAUGAAGGGGACAAAGUAUCUUUAAAAAAAGGUUCUUUGCUUAGAAGAAAAAUGUAAAUUGGUUGAAUGUAUGCGUUUUACUUUUCAAAAAUGAAUGUACUAUUUACUAAUAUGUAAAAUGCACUAGAACCAAAAGUAGAUGCUACAAUCUGCAGUUAAAUCACAUACUGAUAGUACAUACCUUUGUAAAUAUAUAUUUUAAAGAAGAAAUAUUUCAAGGAACUUUAAAUUAUUUGGCUUUGUUUUUUUUUCUUAAAAUAUUUCCUGUUAUUUUAUUUCAACAGAAACAUUUGCUAAAAUGGUAGGAUAUACAGGAUUUUGUAGAAUAUGCUUUGCAUUUCACUUUCAAAGUUGCUUUCAUAAUAUCAGAAAUGCAAAGGGAAAUGGUUUCAGAACUAAUGGUUUCAGAAUUGCACCAUUUCUUUCCCACCCAGAAUUCUUUUAUGAAACUUUACACAUAAGAACACAGUAUUGUAUACACAGCAAUUAUAUUAUUCCACACAAGAAAAGCAUGUUUUGUUUGAUUAAUGCAUUUUGAAGAGUAGAUUUUUUUGGAAUGCUUUAAACAAAAAAAAGAAUUUCUAAGCCAGUGCUUAGAAAGAGCUACUUCUCUUUCUGUUACCAGUAGUGAUUGUUACAUCAACAUUAGAAUGUUCAGUUAAGAACAUUCUAAUCACGUAUUCGUCAUCUUACACCUUGAAGGGUUAAUGUAUUUUCAGAACAACAUGCCCUGUAGGCAUGAGCUACAUAGACUACUGUAAAAUAUGGUGUAACUAUAUCAUGCUAGUAACCGUGCAUCAAACUUACAUGCUGUGACGGCUGAAUAAACCAAAAAGGAAAACAACUCCAAAACACAAAACAUGUCCGUGAUUUAUCUGGAUUUAAUUAAAGUCUGGAUUAAACCAGCUUUGUUUUUCUCCGCUGGUCUGGAUUUAAGAGAGCUUGAUUGCUAUCCUACAUGACUGUCCAUGGCCUGGCACUGAGAUUGCGUUUGAUGUUGAAACGAAAGCCUUCUGUUGAUCAAAUCUGUCCUGGAGAAAUAUGGGUCUUUUCCCCUGUGCUAAUUUGGUUUUGAUAGAUCACCAUUGUCACAUAUCUGAUAUUGCCUGGAACAAUAUUUAAUGAAGAGAAAUAGUACAUGUUUUUCUGUAAUGAUAAAUAAAUGUAAACCGGUCAUUUUCACUAAUGUGACUGGUCAUAUGGGCUUCUUUAAUGCAUCAGCUAUUAAAAUAUUGUUUUCUCAUGAUCAAAUAUCUGAAUGUGUCAAGACAGUAAUCUUUCCAUUAUUGCAAAUGCCUCCAAUACCCUAAUUAAAAAUAAAACUAAAAGUAAAAAACA